UCGGUUGUGUGUUAAUGAAUGCUAGUCAGCACACUUAGGUUGCUCAAUUCGUCACCUUGCUGUCGACCUUUAAUUUUGAGCCCACAGAUACUCCGUUUUCUAUCGUCCUAAAGUGAUAUCUCCACCACGUAGCGAACAUCGUAUCUGAAGUAGCUUUUGAUAUUCAGUCCCUUCGAGACUCAACCCCUCUGUCGAUCACACUCCUUGGAAGCAAAAAAAUGCUCCAUACCUUUUCCGCCGUUUACCUUGCCAUUAUCGUCUUCGCGCUAUGCACCGCAGUCUCAAGACAUCCCUCCACCGCCAUGGAAUUGGUACCUGUCCGGGAGAGCCAUCCUGAUGGCACCAUGUAUUUGUGGCGCCCGAUAACAGUGUACUUUGUUGGCGACAGGCACUUUGACCCCCUCCAACGAGUUGUACCGAGAUCCGAAAAUAUUACGCAGUUUGACCUCUACGCACAGUUAUAUCUAAAUAUGAGGUAGGUUGACACCAUAUAGCGUAAAGCAGAAGCAUUGGGGAGGACAGCAGAAAACAUGUCAUCAUCUUGGUGCCCAGCAGGCUCGUCUGUGAUGAAACUGCAGGGACAGAAGGUUAUACAGGGAGCACAGGGUCACCAACCUUACCCCUCCAGGAUCAUCACCAUGGUACAUCGACAUGAGAAAAUGACAUAACCUGAACCUGGUUUAACCUUUUUCAUAAUUUUACUCGGUGCACAUGAAGACCACGUAAAUGCUCCUGGGGAGCUUAGAAAUCCUGUCUGUAUGCGGACUGCUUUACUGAGGAGUAUAGUGUGGCUUGGUGCUUAUUAUGCCUUUUCUGCUUUGCAUUGUGUUAUUUUGAAUGUCUCAGGUUGACUGUCAUAUGCAUGCACCAUGUACAUGCACACUUGCUACUUUUUGCCCUCCCUCAGUGUCUGAGAAUUGCUACCUUGAUCUACUCAACACUUUUUAAAAAGGUGAAGCAAUCCAUGCAGCAUUAUGACAGAUGUGCCAGAUGAAGUAACCCUCCAUGCCUUUUCACGUGCCGCCUUGUUGUGUCCUAUUUUCACUUGUGAUCAGCAUGUGAAAGUUACAGGUGAUAUACAGGUUGUAUAUUGAGAGUUAUUGCCUGUGGUCCCAUCUCAUACAAGUGGCAUAAUUGCAAAGUGCACUCCUACAGAUUGUAGACUUGUGUUGCAGUGACGUGUGAUGGUGGAAUGAACUAGCUUCUUUGAAAGGUUUCCUGUAACCCAAACCUGGGCAGGACCCUUAUGAGGUCAUAGGUGCACCACACCAUGUCUUCUACUGUGCAUAGCCUUGUAUAUGCUGAUUGCUGAUCCUGUAAACGUCAGGCUUCCACACACCAACCUCUCAAUGUUCGCACGAGUUGUCAUAUGUUACUAUGGGUGAUUUGUCAUUAAAGGGACUGUCGCAUCCGGAACCGUGGUUACGAAUCCAAUACCAAUGUGUUCGGUACACUACCACGAGCUAUUUGCCAAAUUUUCUCCUUCCAAAACGGACCGGGUGAUGAGGAAUCGAAUUUAAAAGAUCCGGUUUCGUUUUGAUCCUCGAAAGCGCCAGCGCCAACAACAUCGCGUGACGCAAGGUCGAAUCUGGCUAAUCCGCUGUGAAGGACGCUGUCGUCUGCCGCCAAGUCUGGGGCUGCUUUGUUUUUUUCCGGCACGUCGCCCGUAUUCACAUGUGACACUUUCUAGUGACUCGGAUACUAUCGCUACGCUUGCAUCCUUCGCGUGGGAUGUCGUUUGGAAACCGACGCAGCGUUCCCGACUGCAGGAAAACUUCCUUCGAAAAUCUCCAUGUUUGAUUUCGCACGCCAAGGAUACAGCUACAGCCAGACCCCAGACGAAGCGAAAGUUGGAAGCAGCUACAUCACUAGCGGGUAUCCAGAUGAAGCAAGGAGUGUUCAUGCUGUCCGUGUAUGCUCCUCGCAUUUCACCGAUAAUGUGUACCUGGAUGAGAACAUCAUGGAAGUGCAACUUGGAUUGACACAAAAAAGGAACGAAUUGAAACUUGACGCCGUUCCGACAGUGUUCCACGAACAAAGCGAGCCAGCAACUUCGACACUGCAGGCAGUUCGACAGGGUCAAGCGCAAGUGAAGGACCAGGUGCUGCUGAUCAAGUCCCAUCCAUCCAUGAAACGGCAUCAAACAAUGUACGUGUGUGCACGGCAAUUUUGCUGAGAGACCUGGUUUUUACACUAAUGCCUUUACGACGCCUCUGACAAAUUAGGAUCUUCCAGAACAGUGCUUUCUUCAUCCAAGUUCAAGAAGUAAAGAGAAUGACUUCAUGGCUUCUACUGACAUCUCACAGCUACAUGCCAAGACAAAAUAACUUGACAGCAGGAAAUGAAAAGAAAAAAAAAAGGUCCGUUUCAGGUCCACCCAAAUCUUUGUGCAGAGGCUGACAACAACAACGCUAUUGUGAGAUGAUGAAUGAUGCUGAUGCAGCGUUGAGAUUAAGCCCUUGUUUCCUUUUUUGCAUUACUGCUGGUUAAAUGUAAAAUGAUGCACCUACCUCCAGACAUUAAAGGGGCUACCAGAGAUGUAGUGUCAAUUCAACAGAAAACCUGCAUGUUCUACGAGGCACUGUCACAUAAGCAUUGGCCAAAUUUGCUGUCCUGUGAGCUUUGAUAGGAUAUGCCGUAGAUAGUAAGAGGCCUCUUACUGUAAAAGGGAGGUGCAUUAAUCGAGUAGUGGGGUCUGAGGCAUGAGGGCCAUUUCAGGAUGUACUAACCCUUCUAAAAUUUUACACUUGGUUAUGCCCAGAGAAGGAUCCAGAUCCCCCCCAACACCCCGAGUUUUUUUCCUGUGUACCACUGUUAUAAUGAAACCGUCCAAUUUACUGUCCAAUCGUCCCGUUUUCAUUGCAAUUGAGGUACUUACAAAACUGUUUAUUUUAUUUUUUAUUUUUGUGAGUCCCCGCUUCAGAUCCCAAGGGACAUUGCCAGUGUGGUGCACGCUGAUAACUGUCUGUGCAUAGCAAAUAAUAAAUAUCUGUGCGUGAAGAGUUGGAUGUGGACUUGUGCAAUGGCUCUUGAAUGGACAACACUCAGUCAACACAAAGAUUUAUUCACAUUUGCGUAACUUAUUGCCUGUCAUUAUAAUAAUUAUUAUAAUACAUAGACAAGAGGUAAUGCUCUGCCAAGGAUCUCUGAAGUUACAGUCUUGAAAGCUGUUUUCAAGACAGUGGCGCUAAAAAAUUGGAUCAAUGGCAGGUAUCAAAAUUUGUUUUGCUGUAUCAAGGCAGAACAAUCUUCCGUGGGAAUGACAAAUUUUGGACAUUCCCAGACAGAUGUAUCACUUACUAUGAUAAUGAGGUGUAACUGUACCAUUAGUGAGUUAUGAAACGUUACCUGAAAUUAUUUGACGUGUUAUAUCCCUCACAUGCUAUAAUACUGACAACGAUAAGAAGCAUUACACUAUCAUUAAAAGUAUAACUGUCACUUAUGGCCAGGUAGUUUAUUGCUCCUGCCUAUUCCUUUGCACUUCUCGGGAUUACUGUGGUAACACAGAUUCUGUUUCACACUUCUCAAUUGGAAACUACGCAAGUCUAUUAUGGUGUAGGUGUGAACAGGAACUGAGGCACACUAAAGAUGAUAGUCCUGAUAGGACCAGGAUGGAAAAACGUUGACGAAUCAUGCGGACGACACACCCAGGUAUCUGUCGUCUGUUUUUCGGUCCAAGGAAUCUCCAAACUCAGCUUGUAAACACACAAUAAGCAGUGAACCUGACGUAGCUGUAAAAAGAAAGGACACUUUCCUAAACACGUAGCAUAGUAAUUUCCUGACAAUCAUUCUAAUUCUAACCCGGCCCUUGAGUUGCACAGUUGGUUAGAGCCUUCGUAACUUUCAUGGGGCAUUCGUCGUGUGUGCAAACAACGACGACAACUACGAAAAUAAGGAUUGCUCGACGUGCCUAUCUAUCGUGGGCACAGUAGGCGAAGACUGUGAUCGUCGCUGCAAUACUGCGGUAGAUACACCACUAGAAGUUCUGGCCGAUGACAGGGAGCUGGGAAGAAAGUGUGAUGCGUGCGUGUGGUGCGUGCCGUCAUUGCACAACUCUACCACUUCACCAGCACUGCAGCAUAUAGGUACUCAUCCAGUUCCUGAGGAACACAGACGCCGGACAAACACUUGGAUUGUUUCCUGCGUCGUAGUGUGAAUGUCACGGGAUUAAGUAUUGAGCACUCCGAUCAUGAACGUACCUAAAGCAGUGGUCCUGAGGCUCGUUCUGUUGCGCUAACGCAGCUGCGGCACGUACAUCACCAGCGACUUGCAGAAUAAGCGGAUCCGUCGAAUAUGGGCCGUCAUCAAACAUGUAUAUUCGUCACGGGAGCUAUUACUAAAGGCAUUUGAACAGCACGAUUCGCCACUUCCGCGUUCCGAGUCCGCCAUCUCCGUAUGUGCCUUCGCCUUCGUCUCCCUGACCUUGCUCAUGCAAGCUGCAAGCCGCGGGGACUCCUCUGGCUCGCCGCGUUCUUAUUGGUCAGAUUCCAUGUGACGUUGCUAAAGAUUCUCAGCAGGGAGUUCCGCUUGACGCCCGCUUCCGUCGUCUGCUGUAGCGCCGCUUACACACGAAUUAUGCAAAAAGUAUUCCGUCGAUCGGAACGGGACUUUCGGAGUCAUGGUCAGUGAAGGACGGGGAAUCUCAUUUCACUGUGGUUUCGGAAUCGAUCUGUGGUCGAUGCGACUGUCCCUUUAAACGGUUGUCAGUGCACUCUUACAUGAAUUUUUCUUUUUCUUGUAUUGCAUUGCUCUCUUUAGAGGGAUACUUCCAUGGUCAAACAGGUGACCCAUCCAUCUUCGAAGAACUGUUCGACGUCGCGAUGGGACCUGUAAAACGAUGCGCGUGCGGGGUGACGGGGGAAAGGGAAGCAAACGGAAGCACUUGAACCGACGUCACAGCUGACGUCCAUUGUGACGUCACCGGAUAUCAUGAGUGACGUCGCAAUUGUAGUUGUCCGCACAACGGAUGGAUGGCCUUGACCGUCAAAAGAUUGCGUAGAUUUGAAGACGCAGGGCCUUAUGGGAGUGUCGCUACCUUUUUACAUAUAGCUUGGUGCAUUCCUUCAGGCUUUCUCGCCCGUUGUCUGCGCUGCAGCCGCUGCAACCUCGCCGUUGACAAGGAUGACAAACGUGCGUUUCAUUACACGUUUAAUGUUUGCUUAAGUACAAGAAAGGUAAGUCAACCUACCCAAGCAGCACGCCAAUAUUGGACCAAUAUGGGCUGCCAAGAUUGCCAAUAUUAGUCCAAUAUGGGCUGCCCAUAUUGAAAAGCCCAUUUUACGCCAAUAUUGCCAAUAUUUCUGCGAUAACGCCAACCAACGGGGAGUCCGUGUAAUUAUAAAGUAUUAUCCGGUUUAAUAUCCACCACUCAUAUUACUUCUCUCUUCUUUUUGAGUUUUCAUUUCUACAGGUCUCAUAGAUCCGUGCUGCAUAAAAUCACAAAAGCAACAUUGCAUCACACCAAAAACGAAGAACAGGUGCGACCUCCGCCUUGCUGAAGGACACAGGCAGUCCCACGGAACUGCCAAUGCCAAACAUCCCUCAAAAGCCUUCAUUGGGGUCGCAAAAUUCUAUACACCAAAAAUUGCAACCCGCUCCGAGAGUACAAAGGAACGAAACGCUUUCGUGACGGUGGCAGACAUAUACAGUAAAUCAUUUUACACAUUUAUUUGCUCAAAAGUGGUGUAUUCUUAUAAAAACACCAUUUUCUAUUCCGCAAAGGUUGCAAGAAGAGCAUUACUAAAGGUGUAAUAUCGACAUACACCACGUUUUAUCUAAUGCCGAUCAUUAAGGGUGUAAAGUGAGGUAUUGAAACAGGUGUUUACCGUCUAAUAUACUUUUUUUAAUCCCCAUUUGGGUUGGGAAUAUGGUCUUAAAAUUUCGUGAGAGAAAACUUAUGCUGGUUUGACAGCUCCGCUCAGCAAGUAAUCACAUUAUAGACGAUAACCUGAGUUAAAAACACAGUAUUUGACAGGGAGGGAUGUUAGAAAUUUGCCUUAUAUCUUUGACUCCUUGCAAACAUGGGUGUUAGUUGCAAAAACGCAUUCCCGUCACCGAACGAACGGCUGGAAGUCUGCCGUGUUCACGUGCUGCUUCCCGCAGAAGCAAGAACGUCGAAUUGUAUCUCUCAGCCACUGGUCUCGGCAUGCUGCCGCGGAAGCUUAUGUUACACUAUUUGCGAGGGAAUAUUUGCUAGCAAAUAAUUCCAUCAUAAAAGGUGUUUUCAAUAGAAUACUCCCCUUUUAAGGGUGUUUUUAAACGCCCAUUAUAACAGUGUUUUAUUAGGAAUACACUUAACUAAAUGGUGUAUUAUAAAACACCCAUCAUUUGAGUGGAGAGGCAACACCAAAAAGGUGUGCGCCAUGGGACAAGCCAUUUACACCAAAAAAGUGUAAAAAAGUUUACUGUGUACGCCUCAGCAACUCACACUGCUUGCAGUAACUUGAAAGCACGUAACUUGAGAGAAGAGCCAUCCCCUUCUAUCAAACAUUGUUUUUGACUUGACCUGCCGCAAUUCCGUUAUCAUUAGAGGAACUAGCGACAUUUCAGCCCGUAUGAAACGUCCGAUCCGACUGUCGCGCAUGCGCAUUAGUUGUAGAACGCGUGACUUUCGCUCAAACGACCACGCUCGCUUUCAGUCGGUUCGGCCGAUUGGCAUUGGCAUCGCGAAGCAAGAUGGCGGCUGCUUUCAGAAAGUGGAAAGUUGAGUUGUCGAGUUCUAGUGAUUGUUGCAAUGGGAUUGCCACGUAUGUGGACUGUUUCGAACAAUGUGUAUCAUCUGCGGGAAGUUGUCGGAUGUAGUGACGGAUUGAAGUGGCCAUUUCACACGCUUCAACGUCCAAUCUUGCCGUGCUGCUUGUGCAUUUGUACAACACGGGCACGUACCAUUUCUGCAUUUUCAGUCAAUAUGGGGUGUAGACGGGCAAUAUGGGCACCAUAUUGCCAGGAUUUUCCUAAUAUUGGCUCAAAGUGGGCAAUAUGGGGCCCAUAUUGCCAGGAUUCUCCCAGUAUUGGCACAAACUGGGCAAUAUGGGCCCCAUAUUGCCCAGUUUCAGCUAAUAGGGGGGAAAAGUUGGCGAAACGCGUCCACUGACCAGCCCAUAUGGGCCCAAUAUUGUGUGCUGCUUGGGUAGCUGUGAUUGCUAGACGUGUGUGUUUCACUUGUGUUUAACCAUCGGAGUAGGUUCUGUUGCAAACGGCGGACGCAUUGCAAAUGGCGGCAGGAGGGGAUCGGCUACAUGCGUGAAGCGAUGGUGUACAUUAUAAGUGAGGCUAAUUGCAAGGACGUGGGUCACAAAAUGGUGUACUGCUCCAGCAUUGACGUUGGAACAAUGCCAGCCUGAUAUUUACUUCGGUAUCUUCACAGGUUGUUUCCUGUCUCAACUGUCACACAUACGUGGCAAAAUUGCAACUGUUUCGCACAUCGAAGCGUGUCUGGUGCCCCUUGCUUGGACAAUUGUUCGUCGGUCACUUCGUUUGAGGAACUGUCGAGUUCGUCAUUAAGGAUGGUCUUGAUUGAGCUUUGUAGUGCUAGCCUGUUCGGAGUUUCUACGAUUGUGUGUUCGAUGUCUACAGGACUGCCUGGUGCAUCGGUUGGAUUGUGUGCCCGUGCAACAUCUGCUUCAUAUGUGUGUGGGGGAUUAGUGAACCGUGUAUGCAUUACAUUCGGCAAACGAUGAUGUACUGGAUGCAAUUUAAAGGUAUAUUCACGACAAUUAAAUAUAGUGUUUCAAGUUCGA